AGAAGGAGAGAAUGAGGCCUGACCUGGUCUCUGGCCCAGUCCCAUGGGCACACAGCCAGAAAGGGGCUCGGGUUUUGAAGCUCAUUUUCUGGCCCCCAAGACCUGGAAGAGGGCUCGCCACUUAGUCUGUCUUGCUUUUCCAAAGAUGUUCUGUCCCACCCCUUUCUCUGGGCAACCCUGGCACCCGACGCUGAGUAGCCCUGCCUGCCCUGCGUUCCCACGUCUACCCAAUGCCAGGAAAGCCUCUGUCACAGAACAGGCUCUUCCAGAUGCCAGCCCAGUCCUAUUAGUUCUGGGCCGCCCCAGCCUGCUGGGAGCUGGGGAGGAGGGGCGCCGCCCUCCCAGGAAGGGCCUAGGCCAGCUGUCCAGGGGGCUGCCCUUUGGUCCCUGGGGCCUAGGCCUGGGGAACCUGCAGCCCUGGAUGCAGGGCCUGAUUGCCGUGGCUGUGUUCCUGGUCCUGGUUGCAAUCGCCUUUGCUGUCAACCACUUCUGGUGCCAGGAAGAGCCGGAGCCUGUGAACAUGGUCACGCCUGUUGGAAACAAAGCAGAUGGGAUCCUGGUAGGAACAGACGGCAAGUACUCCUCGAUGGCAGCCAGCUUCAGGUCCAGUGAGCAUGAGAAUGCCUAUGAGAACAUCCCAGAGGAGGAGGGCAGGGUCCGCAGCACCCCCAUGUGACUCCUGCCCAGCUCACCACCCAGGCCCCUCCCUCUCUGUACAGGAAUCUGCAGUAACGGGCCAACUCCUCCAACCCCCACACCUGCCCUGCCCUCCAGCCAAGGUCGGAGCUCAGACUAUCGGGGCUGGGACUCAACUCUGUCUCUGGGGUCGGAGGUCUCCUACCCAAUUCAAUUCAGAAAACCCUUCUGAAAAGGAAGCUCAGCUCGGCACCUCCAUCCAGCCUCACUGCUCCUUCCCCCUAACUGUGGAAAUGGCCCUUAUUUCUGUGAAAUAAAGACAUUUUGUACUUCUGA